AUGGUCCAACUACAUAACUUUUUCUUUUUAAUUACUUCCAUGGUCGUGCCUCGUGGCACGGCAGCACCCGUACUAUUGAAAUGGUUCGUCAGUAGAGAUGUUCCCACAGGUGCCCCUUUUUAUAAUGUUACUAUAAUUCCUAUUCCUAUCCCUUCAUUCCCUCUUUUGGUCUAUCUACAUUCAAGGAAAUUCAUACGCUCCACGAACAGAGCAAAAAGUUCUGUCUUGGUCAGAGCAAGCCGCCCUAUUUUAUUUUCAGACAUAAUUGGGAGAAGCUCAUCCGAAACUAGAGCUAGAAACGCCUUAUUUCGUUUCGUUCUCGUUCUUCAUUUCCUUCUUCUCGAAUCCAAGGCUGACUUCUCAUAUUUAGAAUCUUUCUGCGGUGUGCUCUGUUUACUAUUCUUUUGUACUUUCUUCUUUUUACCACGCGAUAAGUCAGCGAAGCGUGAGCGGGCGCGGAGAAGGAAAGGCCAAAGACUUUGGCCUAACGGGAAUGAGCAACGACGAGAUGACAAGAUGAGGUGUCCCCGGCACCCCCAUUUAGAAAGAAGGGUCGAAGGAAAUUUUAGGUCUGUAGCUUUCUCCGCCCCCCCUUCGUCAGGCGGUGCUUGUGUGGGGGGUGCGCCAUCAGAAAUCGGGCUUGAAGCUCUCACCUUACCAACGAGCCGACAGCUGAUGGCUGUUGGUCACGACUACUACCAAAAAGCUCUAAUCAAGAUGAAUAUUUCACAUGGAGGAGUGUGCAUCUUUAUGUUGGGUGUUCUUCUGUCGUGCGACCCGGCGGCUUAUGUGCGACCUGUGGCCCACGCCUCCUAUUUGUUCAGGGCGGGCGGCGUGAACUCUGAUUCGAUCCGGGUAUUCAAUCCCGCCGCUGAGAUGCUCAGUUGACUCCUUAACCUUGAUAGGAAGAUGGCUUAUUCCAAUUCAAGAAUUCGUGCAUAAGGGUAAGGAACUUUGGAUGAAUUAAUGCGAAUGGGCGUAAGCUUCGCUGCUCGGAAACACCCAGUGCUGACCACACUGAGAGACACAAAAGCGCAGGUAACGCCAGUUGGCGAAAUGGCGUUAAGCAUCCCUAGCGGUACGAAAAAAGGGGUCGUGAUGAUAUCAUCUACGUCCGUACCGCUCCUCGUGGAGUAGAUCCCGCAUCCAACCAAGUCUUUGACCAGGGAACGGGGAAAUUCCCACUAACGCUGUCAGGCCAGCCGGGCCGUGAGCGCGGUGGGAACGGGCUUCCCAAAAAGCCAGCCCGGGCCGGGGUCAGCAUAGAAUGAAGGGGGCGGCCCUAAUGUUGUGUUGGCAAAGCCAACUUCUUGGGUUGCGGGCGGAAAAAGCGGACGUGGGGACUCUGAUCGGGGCGCAGCGUAACUAAGAGAGCCAUUCUAUUUAGGUCGAGACAAAAUGGGCGGUCUGGUGUUUGAGCCGAUUGGUCAGACGACUUCACUUAUUAAAUUAGUAUUAGCCGAACGAACGAAGCUAUUAGAAGUCCAGCCCGUAAUGGAAUAGAAAGAACGCGAAGCGCUAGCGCGGAAGGGUCGUUUUUUGGGGGGGAUAAUGUGAAGAAGCAAGCUUAUCCUCGUCCCGACCGGCAGUGCUAGCUUUCCUCAUCUCUCCUAAACUUCCCCCGGUCUUCGGCCUGAGCUGUAUGAGGCAGAAACUCGUCUCACGUACGGUUCGGAGGCCGAGCCCCACCCCAGAAGUCAGGGUGCGGCUUAGGUCAACUAACACAAAGAAGAUACAGUUCACUCAACGAUUGCCCUUGGGUUCCGAACUCCAUAUGGGGAAGGAGCGUUGUUGUUUGCGAAGUCUCGAUCAUUUACAUGGACCCACUUUUCAUUCCAUUUGUGGGAAUUUGAUGAUUUAUAAACCGUCUCUAACAAACGAUCGGCUCAUGUUUGAGCAUGAUGAAUCAUUUCGUGCCAACCUGGUGCCAAUCCACUUUCCAGCCGCAUAUGAGAAUGGAAAACUGGAGCAUUUUCUGCAUCGGUGGAUGAAGAAUCACGAACAUAAUAAUUUCUGGUUGACCAUGUUCCCAGAAAAAAGAUACUUUCGGGAAAGGACGAGCACGACUGAAGUGGCUAUACAUACAAAUCUAUUUACGGAUCUAUAUGCUUUGAUUGGAACUUCCAGUUCCAGAACAGGCGGCUGGUAUACCACCAUAAUGAAACUGCCUUUUCUUUUUUUUAUUUGGAUCGGAUUUUUGUUGGCUUCGUUGGGAGGCUUGCGUAGUUUGUUACGUCAGCUCCAAAAGGAUAAGUUGCGUUGGAAU